AUGUCCGCCUCAGACAAUGCGUUUCAAGAACUCGCUCGGAUCUUUUCGACCAGAAACAACCGCAUUUUUGAGAUCGAGAUUCUCCCGCCAGCUCUUGGUCCCCUCCUCCAAGAUGAAUGCUCUGUAGGUAUUACGAAGAAAUACCUGGUUCAGUCCUUUGUAACUGCUAGGCGUAUAUUCUUUGCGAGGUCGAGUUCUAAAUUCGAAUGCGGAGCUCCACGCGCGCCAAAGGAGAGCGAGCAUGAGAGCGUACCUCACGGAUCUUCGCACGCGAUCCUCGAAGACCUUUUAGUCUCAACAGAGAUAAUUCUGCUAUUCGACUGCGAGCAUCUUACAGCGUGCAACUGGAGACGCGGGCGGCUGGACACCCUCAAGAGACACCAUGACGUUUCCUCCGACGACCCAAGCCCACUUAUCCAAGCGCUAGAAACUGAGCUCACCCUGAUGACAACUUAUCUUUGUUCGCCCUUGCACCGGCAUACAAAAUCUCCUACGUUGUGGCAACAUCGAUUAUGGGUGCUAAGUCGGUUACUCGAAGCACGCGGAGCGGGAGCGAGACGACCAUCCUUCGUCAGCCCGUCCGAAACAAACCAACACCAAGAAAGCAAAGUCGACUUACUGAAAUCUGAACUAGCCAUAGUCUUUCGGGCCGGAGAACUACAUCCACGAAACUACUAUGCGUUUAACUAUAUAAGACAAGUCUUCGGCGUCCUUUCAAAUACUACAAAAGGACAUUCUGCGUUAGCUGAGUCAAUCCUCGAUUCGGUGUUGUCUUGGUGCUUGGCCCAUCCGUCAGAUAUAUCCGGGUGGAUGUUUAUGCUCUAUCUGCUGGAAGCUGUUCCGAAAGCAGAUCUUCAACCCAAUGCUGUUCAGAAGGUGGUCCGUUACGCUUUAGAUGUCGGGUGGGAAGGUGAGAGCCUCUGGACCUUUGUGGACCUGUCUGUCAAGUCGCUUAGUCUGGAGGAAACGGUCAUCAAUACUCUACAGAGAGUUCCGGGGAUUGCUUAUACUGCUAUUGUCUCGGUUCCAGAUGAAUCGACGAAGAACACAGCUCUGCCAGUGCAGUCUUGGAAAUCUUGGCUGACCAUGGCGAGGCAGUAUUGGGAUGGCUACAGUCAAGUUGGCUAA